AUUCUGCAUCGGCGCAAUCUUGGACAAUCGAACCGCAAGAUGCUCAAGCGAAAGAGGGAUGACGCUGCGGAGAAGGAGGCUGUGUAUGGGAUUGGGCGGCAUGCAAUGGAUGUAAACGGACGCCCCACGGCUCAUGGUGAAAUUGCCGUCGGGGUAUCAGUGCUCGUGUUCGGCAAGUAUGCAGCUGUGGUCCGAUACAUGACCGAAUCGGCAGAACCCCCCAUUAUAGGCGUUGAGUUCCUUCGACCAGUCGGCAAUUGUGACGGCACAUGGAAUUCCCACCGAUUCUUCCAGUGCAAGUUGAACCGGGGCAUGUUUGUCCGCAAGGACCAGGUCGAGCCGUUCUCCGUGCAAGAUGCAGCAGCCUGCACAUUGCAGGCCAUGUGGCGCCGCCGGAAGCAAAUUUUGGCGUUCAAAACUCUCGUCCUGACUCAAACGUGGAACACGCUGGACAAUCACCAGGAGCAGCUCAACUUGAAGCGUGCGGAACAAACCAAGUCUGCAUGCGACGUUCUCUCGGCGCUUGCUAAAGACAUGGUGUUGUCCAAGCCCCCACUCACAAGAACCAUCUCAGCGCUACCAGCGGCUUACGAUGGGCCGCGAUUGAACUGGCCGCUGACGUUGCCGAUGGUGUUGUCCAUGAUGGAACACUUCAAACUGGGUCACGUCAUGCACUCCAAGUAUGUGAUGGAAGUGCUGGCGCACGCAACUCCGCUGUUUCGAGCGGCUCCGACAUUACAACACAUUGACGUCGGCCCCAUGGACAGGCUGACAAUCAUCGGCGAUUUGCAUGGGCAAUUGCAGGACUUAUACUGCAUCUUGCUGACCAACGGACUCCCGUCGGCCACGAACAAGUACUUGUUCAAUGGGGACUUCGUUGACCGAGGACAUUAUGGCGCCGAAGUCGUCAUGAUCCUGCUCUGCUUCAAGCUUCUGUAUCCCCAAGGAGUGUUUUUGAAUCGAGGCAAUCAUGAAUCGCGCAACCAGAACUCGUGGAUGGGGUUCGAGGAGGAGAUUCUGCGCAAGUACAAUUGCACGGACGACCCGACCGCCACCAACCAAGCGAUGACAGUGUUGACAGGGCUCCAGGACCUGUUUGAUUCGCUUCCGCUGUGCGCCUUAGUCCUCGAUCGCAUCUUCAUCGUUCAUGGCGGGCUCUUCUCAACGCGAAAUGUCACGCUCGCUCAGCUGAACAACAUCCACAGGUUCCGAGAGCCUCCACUGCACUCGAAGGUCGCUGAAGACCGUCUUUUUGAGGACAUGCUGUGGAGCGACCCUCGAACUAUACAAGGCCAACAUGAAUCUGUCCGCGGAGCCGGCAUCGAGUUCGGCGAAGACAUCACAAACGAGUUUUGCAGCGUGAACAAAGUAGCGCUCGUCAUUCGGUCGCAUGAGUGUGUACCGGAGGGCUAUGCAGUGCUCCAUGGCGGCCGCCUCAUCACGCUCUUUUCCGCGUCCAAGUACUGCGGGACCCAGUUGAACAAGGGCGCGUUCUGCACCCUAAAGGCUGACUGCAGACCCGAGAUUCAACAGUUUCUCGCACCGCCGCUGCACACGUACAGCCGCGUCAAGCCCAUGUUUCCGCAGUUCAGCGUGGCGGAGCCUCCACCGGCAGUCGCUGACCCCCUUGCCUCCACCUCUACGCAACCCCCACUCGACGCAUCGACAAGUGCCAUGCACGACUCGCUCGAAGAAGACUCGCUUCGCAUGAUUGCUGAGCGGAUUUGCGAACACAAAUCCGAUCUCUUUCGGUACUUUACGCGGCAUGACCAGAACAAAAAUGGCCGCGUGUCACGCGUGGUGUGGGCCGACGCCCUCAAGUCGGAGCUCAAGUUGGACCUGCCAUUUCUGCUGUACCAGUCCAAGCUCGUCGACGUGGAGUCCGACAACUCGAUCAACUAUUCCAAAUUUAUGUCUCGGUAUCGAAUCGAGAACCCAGCGAUCGACUCGUCGGGUUGGCAGGACGCCAUUAUCUCGAUCAUUUGCAAAAAGCUCUACCGUGCCAUGGGCGCCGGCAGCAUUGAACACGCGUUCCAGAUCUUUGACACGGACGCGAGUGGGUCCAUCGAGUACGACGAAUUUGCAGACGGCUUGAAGAAACUCGAUACCGGAUUGUCCGAGAGCCAGAUCUACGAGUUGAUGCGCACCGCGGACACGAAUGACGACGGUCGAUUGGACUUUACAGAGUUUGUGUCGAGGUUUGCCGUGAUUUUCAAGGAUGUCCGGCUGACCAAGACGGACAGUCCGUCGACGCCAUCGGCCCUUGCGUCGGACACGCCGCCGUCAUCUCCCCAAACGACUGACAUGAUGAGUCCAGCCAAACUCAUGAGGCGCAAAUCGUCCAUGGAGAUCGAGACGAGUUCGCACACACCGUCCCCCGUGGACAAGGAAACGCUGGUCGCGCUCUUGGACAUCGGAAAGGCUGUGUUUUCGCUCGAAAAGUCGUUGGAAGAAGUGUUUGAUUCGUUCGACAUCAACCACGACGGUGUGCUCCAACGGGACGAGUUCCAGACGGCGCUGUCCCAGCUCGGCUUUAAAUUUGAGCCGCCUCUUGUCCGCAAGAUCAUGGCGGCGAUCGACACGGACGGAGGCAACACGAUCGACUACAAGGAAUUUUUAGCCGCUUUCAGCGUCGCUGACGUCACGCACCACAAGUGCCUUGGCGACAUGACGUGGCAAGACACGAUUCUUCAGCAAGUCGCGAGUUUGUUUUACCAGCACCGCAUUCACAUCCGCAUGUGUUUUCGCAUGUUUGACCAAGACAACUCGGGCACGAUUGACCGCGACCAGUUUCGCAUUGGCAUUGCCGAGUUCAACUCGAUCUUGGACUCUCCGCUGAGCCGAGAACAAAUCGACGCGCUGUUGUCGCACCUUGACAAGAACCACGACGGCGUGAUUAGUUACAAGGAGUUUUUAGAAGGGUUCCAGGUCGUCAGUGUGGAAUCGUAGCGCGUGCCAGCUUCCCAUUCUUGAACACGGCAUACUCGAGUGGACA